AUGUCCGACGAGGAAGAAAAGAUCCAAAGCGAGCCAGAUGACGAUCAUGAGGAUGAACACAUCAACGAGACCAUCAAACCAUCUGAUGAAUUUGAUGUGAACACACGAAUUGGGAAUAUGCAAGAGGUAUUCCAGAAAUCGCUGCAGGAAAUGGAACAAAAGUUUUUGGCUAUGUUCAACGCCAUAAAGCCAACAAAUGAUCAGGUAAUUGACAUUCCUCCCUCCUUUCCCCUUGCCCAGGUUCAGGUUAAAAACACCAAAACUGCAAUGUUGCCCUUCUCAUCGAUGUCGCCCUCCAAAGAUAUACAGUCCUAUCAACAGCCGCCACAUCCACAGUCUUCGUUACAGCCGUCUUUGCCCAACGUUCACCAGUCACUGCCAUUAACGUUGAACAACCCGAACCCGCCGCCAACCCAGAUCCAGUCAUCAUCUAAGGUACAGCCGUACCAAUCACUUACGUCAUAUCAUGCACAGUCGUCGAUACAGCCGUCAUUGCCCAUAGUCCACGAGUCACCACCAAUUUCGUUGAACCAGCCGCUGCCAACUCAGAUACAGUCAUCAUCCCAGCCCCACCAAUCACAGCUGCCAUAUCAUUCUCAGUUUUCUAUGCCACAAUUUUCUCUGUCAGAGUCAUCAGAUUUCCAGACACCAUUCUCAUAUAAGCCACAAGCACACCAGCUGCAAUUGCACCAUCCAGAGCCUGAAACACAACACCAUCAAACCGAAUUAAGACGUCAUUUGCAUGAAUUGCCUAAAUUUGGGGGGCUUCCAGAAGAGUGGCCAGCCUUUAUCAAUUUAUACCGCGAAACCACCAGGACAUAUGGCUAUACCAAUCUUGAGAACCAGAUGCGACUGCAGAAAUGCCUAUAUGGAGAAGCGAAGCAGGUAGUCGAGGCAUUAUUAAUUUAUCCUAAUAAUGUCGCUGACGUCAUUUCGGAACUUAAAAAUAGUUUUGGGCGGGACGAAAUUCUCAUCCGAAGUCAACUAGCAAAGCUUAAAAUGAUUUCACCCAUAACUGAGGGAAAAGUAAUUGAUAUUGUACCACUCGCUGUCAAGGUAAAAGGGCUGGCCAUUUUUCUGGAAACGUCCAACGCCACCCAGCACAUAAGCAAUCCGUCUUUGCUUGAAGAGUUAUGCUCGAAAUUGCCCUUCAGGAUGCGUUUGGAGUGGACACGAACUAAAAUUCACAUCAAACCACACGCUACACUGCACCAUUUUUCCAAGUUCCUGGACGAGGAAGCAAACGUCAUUAAGGCAACAACGUACUGUACCUCAUCUAGCCCUCAAAGCUUGAUUGAAACAAAAAAGAACUUUGUUAUGCACAUUAACACGAACAACUCUCAACGAGCUUCGUGCAUAUUGUGUAGCCAAGAUCAUUUGUUGGCAGUGUGUGACAGAUUUGCUGAAAUGUCGGUGGACGAACGAUGGAAGGAAGUGAAGGCAUUAAAACUUUGUUUUUCUUGUUUGAGGCGAGGACACAACACAUUUACAUGCAGAACCAAAUUUAUCUGUAACAUUGGUGGAUGCCAGCGCAAACACCAUAAAUUACUUCACAAUAACUUUAAUUUUUCUCCACCAGAAUCAAAUAUGGAUAUCGUCUCACAGCCUUUAUGCACCUUGCAUCGUCCUUCGGAUGUAGAAAACACAGAAUUGUUUUUCAAAAUAAUUCCAGUAACAUUGUCUGGUGCCGCUGGAUCUUCGGUGCAUACGUACGCAUAUCUGGAUGACGGUGCAAUGCCUUCCUUAAUUGAUGAAAAUGUCGCAAAACAACUGGGGCUACAAGGAAAAUCUGGUAACAUUAAACUUCAGUGGUUUGGAAAUCAGACCAUAGACUUACCAACAACAUUUGUGGAAUUUGAAAUCCAGGGUGUCGGCAAAAAAUAUAAGGUGAAUAAUUUCUGCACAAUAAAAAAUCUUGACCUGCCGACACAAUCCUUGAAUUUUAAUAAAUUAAUUUCCAACAACAGCUGUCAAAGUGCUGAGUUAAAAGAGUUGCCAAUUUAUGACUAUUUUAAUGUAAAACCUACUAUUUUGGUGGGUAUGUCCAAUGCUUAUUUAGGAGUAGAAUCAAACCGGUUUGAACUGGGAUCGAAGGGACCAUUUAUUGCUGAAACAAGGUUGGGGUGGGUAGUUUAUGGCCCAACACAUGUACAAAAUGACCACUUGACUAAACUUAAAAGAAUUUUGACUGUUCGUGAUGCAGAAUCGUAUUCUCAUGAAAGCGUUUUGGAUAAUAUUCAUGAAAUGGUAAGAAAUUAUUUUACUAUCGAGAACAUGGGUAUUUAUAAACCGACGAAUAAAUUAUUAUCAAAUAAUGAUCAAAGGGCGAUAAACAUUAUGAAGCAAACUACUAAACAAAACGGUUUCCGAUAUGAAGUGGGACUUCUUUGGAAAUCAGAUAACUUUGAAUUUCCUGAAAGCUUCACAAUGGCCCUUAAGAGACUAGAAUUCGUCGAAAAGAAGAUUUUAAAAGAUCCUGAACUUCAAGCAGCAUAUAGAGGAAAAAUAGAUGAGUAUUUGGAGAAGGGAUACGCAUACAAAGUUAAAUUGGAUCCAAAUAAUGUCGAAUCUUCCAAAAUCUGGUACCUUCCACAUUUUGGAGUAAGGAAUCCAAACAAACCGGGAAAAUUCAGAUUAGUCUUUGACGCAGCAGCCAAAUCUAAAGGCGUCUCCUUUAAUGACAUGUUGUUGUCAGGACCAGAUAUGAACCAAACGCUGUUGGAUGUACUCUUUAAGUUCCGAGAAGCACGCAUCGGAAUAUGUUCCGAUAUCAAAGAGAUGUUUCAUAGAAUAGACAUUCGACCAGAAGACCAGAUGUGCCAACGAUUUUUAUGGAGAGACGGAAGUCCUGAAAACCAAUUGGAAGUUUACCAGAUGCGAGCAAUGAUAUUUGGAGCCACUUGCUCUCCCAGUUUGGCGCAACAUGUGAAAAAUACGAACGCAAUGCAAUUCAAAGAUGAAAACCCAAGAGCCGUUACUGCCAUCACAGAAAGACAUUACGUUGAUGAUUACGUUGACUCCUUUGAAACAGAAGAAGAUGCCAUUGAUGUCGUGAAACAAGUAGUAUGGAUUCAUCAAAAAGGUAAUUUUGAGUUGGCAAACUUUGUUUCAAAUUCGGAAAGAGUUCUAAAAGAGUUGGGAGUGCUUGAUGAAGUGAAUCGGAUAGUUGACGUGAACGUUGACGUUUGUGAUAAAAGAGAAAGAAUUUUGGGAAUGCACUGGAAUACCACAAAAGACGCAUUCGUGUUUUCGUUUCAAUUCCAUAAAGUUUCUCUAGAUAUUUUAACUGGCGUUCGAACUCCAACAAAACGUGAAAUGUUAAGCGUUAUCAUGAGUAUAUUUGAUCCCUUCGGAUUUUUAGCACAUUUUGUUAUAAGUGCAAAAAUACUAUUGCAAGAAGUAUGGAAGAGCGGAAUUCCCUGGGAUACAGUGUUACCAGAUCGAAUAUUAAACAAAUGGAAGCUGUGGGUGACAGAACUUAAUGACGUACAAAACAUCACAAUACCAAGAUGUUACUCGGCCUUUUUUAAGAAAGGACGUGUCGAAUUGCAUAUCUUUACUGAUGCGAGUGAAAAUGCGUAUGCCACCGUUGCUUAUUGGAGAAUUAUUUCCAGCGAUGGGGAAAUAAAUGUUGCGUUUGUGGCCGCAAAAUCUCGAUGUUCUCCAAUAAGACCGAUGUCAAUUCCUCGCUUGGAACUACAAGCAGCUAUAUUGGGUGUCCGCUUAAAAUCUUCUAUCUUAGCUGGCCAUAGCAGGAAUGCGGACCAAGUAUAUUACUGGAGUGAUUCAAAAACAGUUAUUAGAUGGAUCAAUUCCAGCAGUUGCCGUUUUAAGCAAUUUGUAGAACAUAGGAUCUCAGAAAUAUUAGAAGAAAGUGAACAGACACAAUGGAACUGGCUACCCACAACUGAAAAUAUCGCUGAUGAAGCGACGCGUGCGCGGUUUCCAGUAAAUUUGGAAUCCAGUUCAAGGUGGUUUCUUGGCCCAAACUUCUUAUAUUUAGAUACAAAUAAUUGGCCUCGGGAAAAAGUCGAUGUGAGUGAUGUCGAAAUAGAAGAAGCGUUGGAAAUCAGAGCACCAUUAUUCCAUGCCACCGUAAUCAGCAAACUAAUUGACAUUCACAGAUUUUCAAACUUUUCUAGGCUUAAGAGAACCGUAGCUUGGGUUUUUCGAUUUAUUUCAAACUGUAAGCGAAUUUCUUCAAUGCAUCAUAAAAGUGGCGAACUAACACCUCAGGAAGAAUCAGCAGCGGAAAUAUACUUGUCAGCAGAGGUACAAAAGGACGCCUAUCGAGACGAAUACAAGUGUUUAAAGUCACAGACAUGUAUAUCGAAAACAAGUUCACUACUCUCACUGAAUCCUAUAUACGAUAGUAGGAAUGAUCUCAUAAGAGCUGACGGAAGAAUUUCUACCGCUUCAUUUUUGCCAGCUGCUGCCCAACGUCCAAUUAUUCUACCAAAAACACAUUAUUUCACAGAGCUUCUUGUUGCAUACUAUCAUCGAAAGUUUCAUCAUCAAAACCAAGACUUGAUAACAUGUGAAAUACGUCGUAAGUUUUGGAUACCAUCUUUAAAAGUACUUGUACGAAAAACAAAAUCAAACUGCCGAACAUGUAAAAUCAUAAAUGCCACGCCACGCCAGCCCCUUAUGGCUCCUUUGCCUAGGGAUCGAACAACACCGUAUGUAAGCCCAUUUAGUUACACAGGGGUUGAUUUAUUCGGCCCCGUUCAUAUUAAGAACCGUAGAAACCAAGAAAAAAGAUGGGUUUCGGUAUUUACCUGUAUGACUACUCGAGCGAUACAUCUAGAAAUAUGUCAUGAUCAAUCUACGGACGCAUUUCUCAUGAGCUUAAGGAAUUUUAUGAAUAGACGAGGAGUUCCCGUUCGAAUAAGGAGUGAUUGUGGAUCAAAUUUUCUAGGAAUCGACAAAGAGCUUAGAAAUGUUCCCGAUUUUCUUGACCAUGAAGCUAUGAAAUCUUCCUUGACUCCACUAGGCAUCGAAUGGAUAUUCAAUAGUCCAAAAUAUCCGAAUGCAGGUGGCUGUUGGGAAAGACUAAUUGGAAGUGUCAAAAGAGUAUUAAGGGUUGUAUUAACAGAACAAACACCGAAGUUAGAAACCUUACAAAGCGUCUUGUGUGAAGCAGAAAACAUCGUAAAUAGCAGGCCUUUAACUGAUAUUCCUGUAUCUAUAGAUGAACCGGAACCAAUAACACCAAAUCAUUUUUUAAUGGGAAAGCCGAAUUCCACUCAAACACCUGGACCUUAUAACUGGAAGCACAUUAACAUGAGAAAACAAUGGCGCAUCGUACAACAACUUAAAAAUAUGUUUUGGAAGCAAUGGGUUCGGCAAUAUUUACCGGAUCUUACUAGACGCGCUAAGUGGUGUCAACGAUCGGAACCAAUAAAAAUAAACGAUCUCGUUUUUGUAUGUGAAAUUGAUUCUCCAAGGUCACAAUGGUUAAGAGGCAAGGUAACAGAAACUUAUCCAGGCAAAGAUGGCGUAAUUAGAACAGUUGAAGUCACCACGGCAAACAAAACCAAAUUUCGUCGCCCGGUUUCCCGGUUGGCAGUUUUGGACGUCGAGCAACAUUGUAGUGAAUCCAAAUAA